UGUGCAAACUCUUACCUCCUCUGAAGAAACAGAAGGAAUAUGGAUAGCAUAACAGAAGAAGAACUGCUUCAAAUGGUCAGAGACUUCAUUGAAUCAGAGUCCGCCUCUCCCAUCUCAGCUCCAUCUUCAAAAGCUCUUUCUCACAAUGAUCAGCUUCCGUAUCUCGCCUUACAGGAGAUCCUUCGAAGCGCCUCGGAGACUGAGGCUGGGGUUCUUGAGAAACUCUUGAUGCAUGUGAGGGAAAUGGGAAUUGCAGGGGAACCUUCUAGCGUGAAGAAAUGGUUAGUGAGAAGACUGAAAAUGGAUGGUUAUGAAGCUUCUCUCUGUAAAACUUCUUCCGUUUGCACUUUUAGUCGCACCAAAGAUUUGCAAUUCUCAGGUGAUUAUGAAUAUAUCGAUGUCAUGGUGAGAGACAGUAAUGAUGAUCAGAAACCAACAAGGCUUAUAGUAGACAUUGAUUUUCGGUCUCACUUUGAACUGGCAAGGCCUACAGCAACCUACAAGGAGCUCACCAACACAAUCCCUUCGGUCUUUGUGGGCACUGAAGAAAAGCUCAAGAAGAUAAUCUCUCUGCUCUGCUCAGCAGCAGGGCAAUCUCUGAAACAGAGGGGCCUCCACAUUCCUCCAUGGAGAAAAGCCAGCUACAUGCAGUCCAAGUGGCUUUCUGAAGACUACAAGAAAGUCAAUGUCUCCCCCAACAUAGAUUUGGGUGUGGGUGAGUGAAGAAACGAAGUGCUAACACGCCAUGUUCCUCCAAGUUUAGCAGAUCAUGGGCAUCAUAUCCCCAAUUUUGCAGCCUUUAGAACAAGUAUAAGUGGUGCAGUGCUUGAGUUUUGUCCAGCCCUCCCUUUUUUAAAACACGGGAUAUCAAUUGCUGCUAAAUCAAUGGAGGUUUUUGUCCUUUUCUGUGAAUUUUGAGUCAAUUUUUUUUUGUCUUUGGGACCAUAGUAGCUAGUAGUAUUCUGUUCAUCCUCUCAUAUAGAUCAAAAAUCUUGAAAAUGUAGUAGCAAAGGCGUGUUAGUACCGAGGAUAAGAGGAAACUACAAAGAUCUCAACUUCAAUUGCUUUUCUAAUGUGAGAAAUAGUCUUGCUACU